CAGAUCAACUAAAAGGCAACGUAAAGUAUUUUUGCCUGUACUGCAUUAAAAUAAGACAUAUGCCUACUAUCAAAUAGCCUAGUAAAACAUGUUCUGCAUUUAAUUGAUGUGAAAAUAUGUCGUCACUGUUAUUAGCUAGGCUACCUGGUUACGGUUAACAGUUUCUGAAAGUCAUCUUCUCUGCACAUAAGUUAGGCUAUUCGGGCUAACGUUAAAAAUGUUAAAAUGUAAAAACAUUGGGAAAUAUACAUUUACUGACCUACUGAUGUGGCAAGACGUGAACAGUUAACUUUACAAGUGUCAUAUCUAUGUCAACAAUUUUCAUUACAACGGCUAUCUUUUUAAGUAACACCAAGGGCACUUGCAGGGAGUUGAGUCGUGUGUACAUAAGAAACACCAGUCUGUCACGGUCAGCCAUGUGUCGUGUUUACGUUUUGAGCUUGUAAAUUUCUGGUCGGAAAUUCCGAUAUCCAACUGCGAUUGGAGCGCAGAAUGAAACCAGAAGGUGGCGGUGGUGCAACAUGGAGGAUGACAGCAGCUGCCAUAAAACCCCAAAGAAGAAGAAGGCGGAAGCGGAAGCAGGAGAAGAGGCAGAGGUGUCGAUGUUUGGAGCUUGUUCUACAUAUUUCUUCUCCAGGUAACGUUCUACCCUCUAAACGGCACAGAUUAGCUGAUUAAACGGAAAAAAUCUGAAGUACAAUGACUCGCCAUGGAAAGAAUUGCACAGCCGGGGCUGUCUACACAUACCACGAGAAGAAGAAAGACACAGCGGCGUCUGGUUACGGGACACAGAGCAUUCGACUGGGUAAAGAUGCAAUCAAAGAUUUUGACUGCUGCUGCCUGUCCCUGCAGCCCUGCCGGGAUCCUGUGGUGACUCCAGAUGGAUACUUGUAUGAAAAACAGGCCAUUCUUGAAUACAUCCUCCACCAGAAGACAGAAAUUGCGAAAAAAAUGAAGGCGUAUGAGAAGCAGAAGCAAGCGCAGAAGAGCAACAGCCAGCUUGAGUCCAAGUCAGAGGAAAGAGAGAGGGUCGAGCGGUUUAAAACCAGGGAGAACAGCAUUGUGUCCAAACCCAUCAACCCAUUCACAUCUGCGCAGAGCAAAGGAAGCGAGAAGGCCAGUACAGACAGCAGCUCAGCAGAGUCCUCCAGCGCUGGUUCAGUUGCCAGUUCCAGCCAGAGCCUGCCCAGUUUCUGGAUUCCUUCUCUGACACCAGAGGCCAAGCCUACCCAGCUCAAGAAACCAAGCAAGGCUGUGUUGUGUCCCAUGUCAGGACGACCCAUUAAAAUGAAUGAGCUUAUCACAGUGCGCUUCACCCCGCUGGACUCGAGUCUGGACCGAGUGGCCCUGCUUACCCGCCAGGACAGGUAUGUGUGCGCCGUAACCAGAGACGUCCUGGGCAACAGUGUCCCCUGCGCUGUUCUGAGACGCUCGGGUGCCGUGGUGACUCAGGAGUGUGUGGAGAAGUUGAUCAAGAAGGACAUGAUUGAUCCUGUGACUGGAGACAAGCUGUCGGACAAAGACAUCAUACCCCUGCAGAGGGGUGGGACCGGCUUCGCUGCCUCUGGGGUGGACCUCCGUGCAAAAGAGGCUCGUCCAGUGAUGCAAGUGUGAGACGAUGGAGGAUGUGAGCACAGCGCCGUCACCACGAUUUCAUGUACAUCCUCACCGUAGUUCUGUGGAGUGUAAAACGGUGACUUCUUUUUCUAACGGACUGCUCUUUUCACCUGUGCUGGCAUAUCUGUCUUGUUCCUGUAGGUAGCUGACAAUUGUAUUUUUUUGUCUUUCACACAUUUUGUCAGUCAUGUGAGAUAUGCAAAAUUCCCUCCUGAAUUACAUGUUCUCUUUAGAAAGCUUCAUUAUGGCUUUACUGACUGUGUCAAGAUAAGGCAGAGCUGGUUUGGCAGAAGGACCUUUCUUCACUAUUCAACCUCAGCCCGUUCCUUUUUGCAGGAACCAUGUGCUUUCAUUUAAAAGGGUUAGUUGGGGACUUUUGAAGCAGGGCUGUAUGAGGUACUUCCACUGUCAGUGUAUUACCUGCAGUACAUGGGGGGUCGGCAUAUCGCCAGUUUGGAGAAAAAGAGUUGUACCGACAUGGAAGCUAAGCAAUGUACUGUCAGCUGCAAAAUGUGUUUUAGCCAAUUAAAAAAAGCCCCACUGAUGCUGUGUGUAGAAUAUUUUCAGCACUUCAGUCAAGGCCUUUAGAACUACAUUUUCUCAACUGUAGAACUUCUGUUUUUGCAUGAUCCUGUCCACAGCAGUACACUGCUUAGCUUCUGUGCAGAUACAACGUUUCUCCUGAGGAUGCACUGACCAUUUACUGCAGGUACUACACUGACUGUCGAUAAGUUCUUCAUACAGUUCCACUUCAGAAAUUCCCUACUAUCCCUUUAAGUAGAAUCGAUUGGAUUGAUCUAUUGCUCCUACAUUCUUUGCCAUGUGCAGUAAAAUGUAUGAAAAGUAAAAUAAAAUGAACCUAAAUAAACAUGUUUAUAGCCUGGUACAAAAACA